AUGCCAACUAGUUCACAAGCCGACAAAUCUAGGCAAACAUCGAGUGGGAAAUCAUUCUUCGGACGGAAAUUGUACAAAGAGAAGCCGACAGAGGAACGAUAUGAUAAUUAUGGAGGUUCCUACGAUAGCCUAGCACCCCCGGGAGGCGCCGCGGGCUCACGCUCAUCCCGCUAUUCGAAGCGGUCUUCGAUUCAAUCUGUGGACUUGACGCAUGAUUUCGACCCAGGCAGUAUCGCACACACCUCAGGGGGCAUCACCUCUAUCCCCUUUGAAAGCCUUCCCACCGAUACCAGGACCCCGAUUCCAAUCGACAACAUGUCUCGUCCUGGCUCAUCGCGCCACGAGCCUUCGCCCAACCAUCUAGGCAAAUCUGGAGGUGACUAUCAUCAAUAUCCAACCGUGACCUCUACGUCUGCGCCAAAUGGGUACGCCCCGCAUCCUUCUGGCCCUCGUCCUCCCCCGCACGGCUCAAACAACGCUCUGAGCAGCAGCAAUUCCAGUGAUCGAAUUGCCCGACAACAACAGCAGCAGCAGCAACAACAACAAUGGGGACGGCCAGGAAGCUCCGCAGCGAACAAUGGACCUAACCACAACCCUUCUUCUAUUGAUUCGUCCUCCAACUCCCGCACAUCCCUCGACCAAGCUAGCAUCUACUCCUCCGUUUCCUCUAACACGCGAGGUUCGAGUUAUUUCUCAUCAGACAAUUCCUCUCGCACUCUCACAACUUCGCAUUCUAGUGAUCGCACUGCUAUGUUCCCCAGCUCCAGCUCGGGCCGCUUGUCAAAUGCAGGAUCCUCCCACCAGAUCUCUGUACCGGCCGCUGUACCCCGGCCACAAGAUAACUACCUCACUAGACCGAGAGAUGACCGAAUCGUGGACCAGCUGUUUCUAGAGCUGAUGCAGAAACGAGGAUGGCAGAAUCUUCCCGAGCAGGCCAAGCGGCAGAUGUUGUCGUACCCCGCCUCAAAGAAAUGGACAUUGGUACAUCAGGAUCGCUUGACGGAGUUGCAAGGAGAGCAAAAGAGACGACAAAAUGCGCGACAAACUCAUGGCCAUGACGGAUUAUCUGGUUUGCUUGAACGUGCUGAUGAAGAAGGUAGUCCAGAGUGGUAUGUGAAGAAGGUGAUGGAUGACACCAUUACGUCCAAGCAACUCGCUAGUCUGAGUGUCAGCUUGCGGACACAGCCAAUCAGCUGGGUGAAAGCCUUUGUUGAAGCCCAAGGUCAAAUCGCUUUGACCAAUGUCCUCAUGAAGAUCAACAGAAGAAAAGCCUCUGACCGGGAAUACGAUAUUGCCAAAUGUCUGAAAGGUCUGAUGAACAACAAGUAUGGCGCAGACGAUGCUCUCGAGCACCAGAAUGUGCUAGUUGCACUCGUCAGCUCGUUAUCAUCGCCGCGCCUUAAUACCCGGAAACUUGUCAGCGAAGUCCUCACUUUCCUGUGCCACUGGGGUGAUGGACAAGGCCACCAUAAAGUUCUACAAUCCAUGGACAAGGUUAAACAUGAUCACAACGAAACCGGUCGCUUCGAUGCUUGGAUGCGUAUUGUCGAGGUCACCAUUGACGGCCGUGGAAAGAUGGGAAGUCUGGUCGGUGCCAGUGAAGAGUACCGCAGUGGAGGCAUUGGCAUGGAGAACCUCCUUAUGGAGUACGCGGUUUCGACCAUGAUCCUCAUAAAUAUGCUGGUGGAUGGAGCAGAAACGGACCUGCAGCUGCGUUGCCAUAUCCGCGCCCAAUUCACGUCAUGUGGCAUCAAGCGUCUGUUGACGAAGAUGGAGGGAUUCCAGUAUGAAGUUAUCGACAAGCAAAUCGAGCGGUUCCGCGAGAAUGAGGCUAUCGAUUACGAGGACCUCCUCCAACGGGAGGGCAGCAGCAUGAAGGAUAGCAUUGAGGGCGAAGUCAAGGACAUGAGCGAUCCCAUGCAAAUCGUCGAUGCAAUCACGUCCAAGAUCAACGGCAGCCGGUCCCAUGACUACUUCCUCUCGGCUAUGCAGCAUAUGCUCCUCAUCCGGGAGAAUUCCGGCGAGGAAGGGCUGCGUAUGUUCCAGCUGGUAGACGCCAUGCUGAGCUACGUGGCCAUGGACCGGAGGCUGCCCGACCUUGAUCUUCGACAGGGUCUGACCUUUACCGUGCAGAGUCUGCUAGACCGGCUGCACACGGAUGCUGAGGCAAGACAAGUCUAUGACGAGUCUCUAGAGGCCCGGCAGAUCGCCGAGGCUGCCAUUGCUGAGCGCGAUGAGAUGCGAGCGCAGGUCGAGCUCGGCGCAGAAGGCCUAGUCUUGAAAUUGCAAAAGCAAAUUGAGGAACAGGCUGGUAUUAUCGAGUUGCAACAAAGGCAAAAUGAAUCUUUCAAGGCCGAGGUUGCAGAAGUGCAAAGACUGCGUGCUCAGGAAUUGCAACGCAAUGAGCUGGAAACUAGAGAGCUAUACCUCAUGCUCCGAGAUGCCCAGGAUAUCGCUGCUGCCAAUGCCCGAAAGGCCAACAACCCGGAGACGGCGGAGGCAGCAGAUCCAUCCCAGAUGCCCGGUAUCAUGGACCGCGAGCGACUCAUGGAACGUCUGGAACGCCAGCUUGAGCGGACUAAGACCCAGUUCAAGCUGGAAGGCAAGGUCUGGGGCCAGCAUGGACCGUCAGAUCGACUCCGCGAGCUGCGCGAGAAGAUGGAGGGCGAAGGAGAUGACAGCGAGGAGUUCGCUGAAACAACUCGCCGGAACCUUGACCCUGGUUCUUUGGGCUCCGUUUACCGCAAGCGCAGCCAUAUCCCUGCGAUGGACUCGACUAUGGAAGACGAGGAGGACAUUCCACUAGAUAGCAAUGGUGAGCCAAUGUACGAGAAGCCUCGCCUGGUGGAAAUGCAUCGUCCUCGUUUGGACCCUGCCCAGGCUACUGGCUUGCUAGGCGAGCUGUCGAAGGUUCCUAAAUUUGAUGCCGAAGAACCCGAUGCGGUUGAAGGGGCAUCCAAGCUAGAAGACAAUGAAGCUGCUACAAAGACAAUGCCGCCUCCUCCCCUCCCGGGGGCAAGAGUGUUCCUCCACCCCCGCCGGGAGCAACGGCUCUUCCCCCACCUCCGCCUCCAGGAGGCAAAAUUCUUCCACCACCACCUCCACCAGGUGGUGCCGCUCUUCCGCCGCCCCCUCCCCCCGGUGGGAAAGUUGGUCUACCCCCUCCUCCACCACCUGGCGGAAUGGCUCUCCCACCGCCGCCUCCGCCAGGUGGUGCCAAGGGCGUUCCUGGAUUGCCGCCCCCGCCCCCGCCCCCGGGUGGGAGAGUUGGAUUGCCUCCGCCGCCGCCUCCAGGAGGUGGUGGAAUCGCUCCUCCACCUCCUCCCCCUGUCCCUGGAGCCAAGGGCCUGA